GGCAUAUUUAUAUAGUUAGUUAGCUGGCUAGGUUAGCAAGGUAGCUGGCAGGCUGCUGUGUCCAGUAAAUUGCUUUCUGAUAAAAUGGAGAGUUUUCACAGGGAGAGAUGUGAGGAUGCUAGCACUCGACUUGGAGUGCCCAUCUUCCAGAAACACCUGCCUACCAGCCAGGCUCUUGCAUUACCAGACCUGUGUUCCAGCUCCUCAUUUUGUAAAAUCAGUGAUGAAACUUUACCGUACAUAUCUGGAAUUUUUGAUGAAACUGUAGAACCAUCUUUCAUUUCAGAUGGGCCAGGAAACAAUGUCGAUCACCCUGAUCGCUCACAGUUAAGAACACUUACAAAAAGUCAAGCUGCGGUCAUUUCAGGAUUAAGUAGUCAGACCAAGGCAGCAUACAGCAGCUGGCUUAGUGCACCGGUCGAGAAUGGCCAUUCAAUAGACUUGAGCAUGUCCGUUACAUCUCCACAGAAUGACCAGAAAGAGGUUACUAACAACACCGAAACCAGUCCGAAGGGAGGUAUGCAUGAUGCAUGCAUUGGUUCACAUUUACCAGAAUCUACUAGUUGCUUAGGAAAAGGUGACCUGAAGCUAGAAUCAAAGAACAGCACUUUUGACAUGACUGUAGACCUUAAAGACAAGUCUUCUACAUUGAAUUCCACUAUAUCUCUUUCUGUAAGGGCAGAGUCGAACAACAUUACUUUUGAGAAGACCCAGGAACUGAAAGAAACAUCUGCUCCUGGACUUGGUCCUUCUGUUGGUGUCAAUAAUGCCAGUCUGGAAACUGUGCAUGAAAAACAUUUAAACUCAACAGUUGAAAAUUUUGCCUCAAACACUACCACUGAGCAGUUAAAUGAGAAGCUUUAUCGUACUGUAGAUCUUAGUCAGUCUCUGUCAGAUGUUCCAAAACAAGAGCCAAGAAAUGAAGGACCUGCUUUUGGUGAGGACUGUGAGAAGCAUGGCACUUUUACAAAGAUUCCAGAGGAGGCCAGUGGUGACUUAACUGUUGAUGGAGAGCAAAAUGGCAGUGCAUCUGUUAAUGUCUCUGCUGAAGCUGGUGAGCCAAGUGCUGCUAAUCCGAAGCCAGCUGACGGGACCUUUGUUAAACAUAAUGCAACCACUGAUCUAACAUCUGCAGAGCCUCCUACCAACUUCAAGAAUGCAGAUGUGAAUACCACAAUGAAUAUGACGAAGCCCCCUGACUCACAGUUACCAGCACAGUCCGAGGCUGGUGGUGGUGCAGCUGUAGAUGAUGCUCCUCCAUCUGGACCCAUCAGCUCAGUGCCUGUCAUGCAGAGUUCUAAAAUGGUAGUUUGCUCCAACAGAACUCUGGACAUUCCUGAUGCUGAAAUUAAAGCAGAGGAGCAUCAGGAAUUAUUCAGGAGGAGAAAUGGAGUUUCUGAACAGGAGUUUUGUCUCAAUCUAGAUGUCAGCCAUAGUAGCAUGUUUUCCUUGGAUGAUACACUUGAGAUGCAAUCACGUGCUCUUGUUACAUCCACUCCUAUCGUUCUGGGCAGAGGCUUUGACAGACUGGGAUGUGCAAAGCUCAUGGAUGUGCAAAAAAGACUUUCUGUGAUCAAUAGUAUUGAUGCACAAUCAAAAGAUGAUCUGGUUGGUAUUAGUGAACAUGAUGGAUCAGAUCCAUCAGACAGCAACCCUGUCUGCAAGUCUGAGACUUGUAGUCAGAUGAAGGUUUCAACAAAAUGCACCUCAAAUUCCUCUACCUCUGAAUCAGCUGUUGCAAACAAACCUCCCUCUAAACUUGCAGUCAGAAGGAAAAUUCCUCAGCCAUCUUGUAAAUCCAAUAUUCCCAAGACUCAGAUCCUUCCAAGGCCACCCACCUCACAGGCAACAUCAAUGGUUGCUAAACCAAACACUGUGUCAACAACACAAGUGCCAGAUCAGCCAGAGGCAUCCUCAUCUGCUCUGCGCAGCAUGAAGAGGACAGUCCAGCUAAGUAAAGGAAAAAACGUUGCACCUGCUAAGAACAUGUUAACGGCAGGCACUGUGAGGACAUCUGUGGCUACUACCUCAAGCAGUGGAUGUACUUUGACUACAGUUUCAAAGCCCGUUACGCAGGCUAAACCAUCUGGCCUCCAGCCCCCUGGCCGAGGGAGAUUGGUUUUUAAAGCACCUGCUGCUCUGGUCUGCUCAGCAGAGAGUGGUCAUCCUCAGCCCAUUAACAAACCAACUGGUUUACCAGGUAUAAGGACAAGGAGUUCACUGCUUCCAGGUUUUGCCCAGAAGCAUGCAAGCAGUGAUGCCUUGCCAUUGGCAAAAAGGAAAAGAACUGAUAUGCAGCACCAUCCCUCCUGUGCUGAAGCACCAGCAAGUUUGAAGCCAGGUAGAGGUGCUCAGAAGCCAGUUAUGGUUCCUGUAGAUAGCAAACCAAAGAAGCCUAACACUGAGUGUGAAAGUUGUUCACUACUUCAAGAAAAGCUAAACACGUUCCACCAAGAAUUGGGGGAAUUUCUUCAAGAACUUGGGCGAAUAUCAGCAAGUUGUGAAAAUUGGUUACCAUUUCAACAAAAGUUUGAGGCAUGUUUAGAGGAGUUUAAAAGACUACAAGCAGUUUUAACAGCUUCAGCUCUUCAGGGAAGGCUUUCCACAAGGUUUAGGAGUGUAUUUUUUGGGAGUUUUUGAUUGUUCUUCCAGAAGCGCAUGUGUGAGAUCAGACACUGCUGUUAGACGAGAAGGCCUGGCUCACAGUCUCCGCUCUAAUUCAUCCCAAACGUGUUCUGCCGGGUUGAGGCCAGGACUCCGUGCAAGACAGUCAAGUUCUUCCACACUGAACUUGCUCAUUUAUCUCAUAUGGACCUUGCUUUGUGCACUGGUGUGCAGUCAUGUUGGAACAGGAAGGGGCCGUCCCCAAACUGUUCUCACAAAGUUGGGAGUAUGAAAUUGUCCAAA